AUGAAGAGAGAAAACUAUUCAGAGGUGAGUGAGUUUAUUUUUCAAGGGUUCUCCAGCUUUCAGGAGCACCAAAUUAUACUUUUUGUGGUGUUCCUUGCUCUGUACAUCUUAACCCUUGCAGGUAAUACCAUUAUUGUGGUCAUCAUCAGCAUGGACCGUCACCUCCAUACUCCUAUGUACUUCUUCCUAAGUAUGCUGUCCGUGUCUGAGACCUUAUAUACGUUGGUCAUUGUUCCACGGAUGCUGGCUAGCCUCACUGGUCUGAAUCAACCCAUCUCAUUAGCAGGUUGUGCCACUCAGAUGUUUUUCUUUAUCACUUUGGCCAUCAACAACUGCUUUCUGCUCACGGCAAUGGGAUAUGACCGUUACGUGGCCAUCUGUAACCCCCUGCGGUACACGGUAAUCAUGGACAGAAAGACGUGCGCCAAACUGAUAUGUGGCGCGUGUAGCAUCGGUCUUACCGUCGCCACAGUUCAGAUCGCCUCUGUGUUCAGGCUGUCUUUCUGUGAAAGCAGGGUGCCUCAUUACUUCUGUGAUAUCCUCCAAGUGAUGAAGCUUUCCUGUGUGGACACCACUAUCCAUGAUAUCAUCAACUUUAUCAUUAGUUCAUUGGUGAUUGUGGUACCCAUGGCUUUGGUCUUCAUCUCCUACGUCCUCAUCAUUUCCACAAUAUUAAAGAUUGCUUCUGCUGAGGGGAGACAGAAAGCCUUUGCUACGUGUGCCUCUCACAUCACGGUAGUCAUUAUUCAUUACGGAUGUGCUUCUAUUGCUUACCUCAAGCCCAAGUCAGAAAACACCAGGGAUCAGGAUCAACUGAUUUCGGUGACUUAUACUGUUUUCACUCCUCUGUUGAACCCUGUUGUAUACACUCUGAGGAAUAAAGAGGUCAAAGAUGCCCUGCGCCGGGCUUUGGGAAGGAAACCCCUCUCCUGA